CAUCCCGAUGGGAAAUGAGCCUAAUAUUUGAGAAAAUGCGGAUUUAGGCCAUUACACAUCAGCAGUCAUGGCAAUUGUACACAAUAUUGGCUAUAUGGCCUCGUCGCAAGUCUUGGAAGACUCGACGUCCUUCCCUUCGAACUGCUCGACAUCAUUAUUUCACAGUGCUGCGAUAUCCAGACACUUGUCACCUCCUUUUCGCUCCUAAACAGACGUGCCCGAGCCAUAGUUUCUUCCUCACUUAUCUAUCAGCACCUCUGCCGGCACGCCGAAUGCGCCCUCGCUGCAAUGCUUAAAACCAAAGUGGCGUCCUUUUUUACGCUCGCAGACGUCUACAGUGUGCUCUGCGGUGACCCUUAUUGUACUCAAUGCGGUGACUUUGGACCCCUUCUCUGGCUCCCAGAAUGUACUCGCUGUUGCACGACCUGUCUUCGUCAGGCACCUGACCUCUUGCCCAUCACCCAACAUGCUGCUACAAAGGCGCUCGGUGUACCCAAAUCAGCAUUGACGCAUCUCCCUACCGUAUGCACCGUACCCGGUGAUUAUGGUACGCCAAAUAAAAUUCAUACAGCACGCCGACAGUAUCUGAGUUUUCAAUAUGCGCGCGCUGUAGCAGUCGAACGCGCCGGCGGAGAAGCACAAUGCAUGGCUCGGAUAAGCGCCUCAACACAGCGACAGGCGGCAUACGAUGCAUUCAUGUGCGCUGACACGAACCUAAGGGGACACAUAGGUCGUUACAUGGUAACGGCGCCUUUGCCUUAUUUCGACAAGCACUCCGGAAAGGCCGACCGAGGGAUUUACUGUGCAGGCUGCCGAAAUGUAGUGAGGAGGUUUAACGGAACAAAUACAAGCUGGGAGCAACACCACGAGGAUAUUCGACGUCAAGAUACGGUUUAUCUGACUAGUGACUUCAUCCAGCACAUACAGAGAGACUGUCCAGAUGGUCAACUGAUAUGGGAGUGCCAUUCGAAGCUGUCGAAGCGAAAGACCAAAUCAAGGAGACGAUAGCCUUAUUAUAUAUUACAUUACAAG